AGAAAAGUUUUAACUUCCAACUUUCUCAUUUUUCUUCAUAUGGCUUGAUAGAUUUUAUAACAUAAACCUGUCAUAGUUCGGAUACUUUACAAGAGUCGCGAAGCAUAAAACUCUCUUAUCAUGAGUCAGGUUCAGUGUUUGCCAGUCUCGGGAAAGAAUAUGUCGAAAGUUAAAAAAAUUCUGGAAGAAGCUCAAAAUCUUCAAACUCGUGAAAUUGAUUUAGUCGAAAAGAAUAUUCAUUCUUUCGAUGAAAUUCCUAACAUCUUUUCUUUGGGGUUUGUGACGCGGCUCACUUUAAGUCAUAAUAAGAUUUCUGUAUUGCCAGCCGCUAUUGCCAACUUAACUAACUUGGAAAUUCUUAAUUUAUCCAAUAACCAUCUCGAUGAAUUGCCACUGUCACUUUCAUCGAUGUCAAAGCUGAGAAUCCUCAACUGUUCAAUUAAUCGUCUUAAUUCACUGCCAAGGGGGUUUGGUGCUUUUCCCGCUCUCGAGGUUUUGGAUUUGUCGUACAAUAAUUUGAACGAAAAUGUUUUACCAGGAAAUUUCUUCAAGUUAGAAACACUCCGCGCUUUGUAUUUGGGUGACAACGAUUUUGAAUAUUUACCACCGGAGCUCAAAAACAUGAAAAAUUUGCAAAUCCUUGGAUUGAGAGAUAACGAUUUGCUUGAACUCCCUCGUGAAAUCGGAGAAUUAACUCGUUUGCGCGAAUUGCACAUUCAAAAUAACCGGUUGACAGUCAUUCCUCCGGAAAUCGCAAAUCUGGAUCUCUACAACACCAAGUCAGUGUUCAAGAUGGAAGAGAAUCCGUGGGUUCAACCAAUUGUUGAGCAAUAUUUACUCGGAAUCAGUCAUGUACUCGAAUAUAUUAAGACAGAAGCUUAUAGGAUUUUGUACAAUCGUCACGUUACUGGAGGUGGAAAGAGUGCAGUUGCAAUACCGCCAAGAGCUGACAGAUCAAAGAAACUUUCUCGUGCUCGCUCUUAAACUUUUACCCUUGACGAAACAUGACCAAUUCGAGAUUUCUACUGGAUUCAGAUCCACAUUUGGAACAAAGAAAUUUUUAAUGUGCCUUUACUAACUCCUUAAGUUUCCAAAUAAUAUUCGUUAGUAAGUAUUAAUAUUAUCUAAAAAAAUUAAACUUGUUUUGGUCUCAUUUUUGAGAUGCACAGAAAUUUUACUUAACUAAUGAAAUUUUAAUGUUGUUCAACUGGUUUUGUUUCUUAAACUUUUUUAAUCAUAAUUAAACUCCAGAAGAUUUUUUCUCGGAGAACUAAUAGUUUUCUAAAUACAAAAUAAAAACUUUAAGAAAGUUGAUUCAAAUAUUUUCUGAUCAAUUUAUUCAAAACGAUAUUUGCAAUAAAUAUAAUUAACAUACAUUGAUUGUUGGGUUCUCAUUUGGUUAUUUUAAGUUGAAAGUCAAAUAAUUUGCUUGAAAAACGAUCAUUUAAAGAUAUUGCAAAACUUACAUUGCACGAC